ACAAGGAAAGGACAACGGUUAGCAUCCAGUGCUGUUUUUCGGUCCGCGUUAAUUCCUUAAUGUUUGUAUUUAUUUAUUAAUUCCUCAGUGUUUGCGUCUGUAAUGCUAUCCGACGCCAGGAUGAGCGCGUCUUGGGGAACUUUGAAGCUUUUCGGGCUAGCUUAGCUUGUUAGCUUGCUAACAAAGAGACGCUGACGUGAUCUACACAGCACGCAGCACGCUAAGUGUAAAGUGUUGCGGUUGUGCGAAAAUGUGUGAAGUACAAAUGCUGAGAGAGUUUGUGAAAGAGCGACUAAAUGCGGCUGUUGAAGAAAUAUUUGUAGUGUUCGAAAGAACGAUAGCGGACUACGAGGAGGAACUUUCUCGAACAAAAGCGGAGAACGAGCGACAACGUCAACUACUGGACGCUGUUUUCAAGACGCAUCAACUUGUGUUACAAAGAGCAGACGUCACUGAAGAACAUCUUUCCCCUGAGCAGCAAGAGUGGAACUCCAGGAUGCAGCAGGAGAAGCCCCAGCCCCCACACAUUAAGGAGGAAGAGGAGGAGCCACAACCCCAACACAUUAAGGAGGAAGUGGAGGAGCCACAGCCCCCCCACAUUAAGGAGGAAGAGGAGGAUCACAGCAUCAGUCAGGAGGGAGAGCAUCUUGAAGGAUUGGAGGAGGUCCCAGUGAUUUGUGUCAUUGUAAAGAGUGAAGAUGAUGAAGACGCAGAUCAAAGUGAAGAGAAGAGAGAGGUGGAGCUUCCAAGCAGCAGCUCAACUCAACACAUGACAACAGAAGCUGAUGGAGACCGUCGUAGACCAGACGACCUCUUAGCUCCAUUAUCAGAUAGUGACGACACAACGUCACACUCUCGUGACACUGAUGAUGAAGACUCUAAAGCUGAUAUGACAUGUCACACUGACAACACACGCUUUAAAUGCUCUCAGUGUGGCAAAACUUUUAAUGACCGUAGUAAUAUGAGAAGACACAUGAGACUACACACAGGAGAGAAACCAUUCACUUGCUCAGUUUGUGGUAAACGAUUCUCCCUCAAGGCACAUUUGAAAUCACACACAACAGUACACACUAGAGAGAAACAUUUUACAUGUUCGGUGUGUGGUAAAUGUUUUUUACGAAAGCAAGAGGUGAAGAUACACAUGCGAAAGCACACAGGAGAGAGACCAUAUACCUGUUCAAUCUGCGGUAUAGGUUUUGUACAAGCUUCGGAUAUGAAAAAACACAUGACAAAACACACCGGAGAAAAACCAUAUUCCUGUUCAGUCUGUGGUGUAGGUUUUGUCCGAAAUAAUCAUUUGAAUAGACACAUGAGAACACACACCGGAGAAAAACCAUAUUCCUGUCCAGUCUGCAACAAAAGCUUUCGUGACCGAUCACGUUUUGUAGCACAUGAGAGAAGACACACUGGUGAGAAAGUGGUGCGUUGCAAUGUGUGUGAUGAAAGGUUCCCUUAUGAGUACCAGUUUAACAAUCACGCGUGUGCUGGUGAAAACAGCAGUAGUAAAUGAAGCUGCAGGACUUGAAAUAAGUAACUCUGACUUAACAGCACCGCAUAUAACAUGUGUGACGUCAAUGUAACUGUCUUGUUACUAUGUUUUUACCAUUUACCAUACCGCAACCACCAAACAUCCAACUUUAUUCAUCACUACCAAAGCCACAAAGAAAGGUACGCUUCGUGAAUGUGGCUUUUAGCUAGCUGUUUCAACAUUUGGUAACACUAACAGCUUAAACAAGCUACCUAAUGUCUUUUCAAUAAAAUGUCCCUUAAAAGUGUUGGUAGCUAACAUAUUGGCUUGUCAAACGUUAACUACAAAGGUAAUGUUUGCUAACAUGAAUUGCUUAUGAAAGCAAUUCAUGCUAAACAAUAAACAUGAAAGCUUAUUAAAUGAACGUUAAGUUUGAAAUGCUAAAGAUUGUGAGAGAGUUUUUGAUAUCAUGUCCAGGCGAACAGCAGGACACUCCACAGGUGUUGAUUUGAUUAUUGCAGACAUUGCGUCAUUAAUAAGCUUCAUUACUAUUCUUUUUUAAACAAUAUCUUUUUUUUUUUACAUUUUUUAUUUAUUUUUAAGGGUUUUUUUUUAAGAUUCUUUAAGUCAUUAAAUGUAGGUCUGCUGUACAGUUAUUAUUGAGGUUGUUGUGCAGGGGUGUCAAACUGAAAGCCACCUUUAGGUUGCAGGUCAAACUGCACCCCAACCCACAGACACAAACUUUAUUAUUAUUUAUCCUGAAAUGAACACUUGUUUGUUUCUGCACACUGAAAGUAUUAAAGGCCUUCUUGUCCUCCUACUCAUGCGCAUGAUCAGUGCGCACACACACACACACAAAUGCUCGUGGUUACGCAGUCCAACACGUGUGAAAAGGAGUAGGAAGAAGCAGAUUUUAUUUAAUCCUCAUUUAAUCCAUGCCUACUCCUGAUAAUUCAUUCACAUCGUAACUUUUACAUGCUGACACUUGCUCAUUUACAUUUUGUUCACUUCCUGUGUGUAUAAACCUCGUACGUUGUUAACGAAAAGGAAGAAAUAAAAAAAUUCUAAUACAAAUAGGAUUCAGAUGUAAUAACAUAAUAAAAUAUAGUAAUAAUUUAUAAUAAAUAGGAAUAAGUUAGAAUUAGUGAUGACCUUUUUAUAAAUAAUUUCAAUCAAAAAUAUUGUGGACAAAUAUAUGAAUACUACACUAAAUAUAUGGACAGAAUCACACAUUUUAUUCAUAGUUUCUGUAUAUAACUUGAGCAAUACUUUAUUGGUGAUAAUAAAUAUGUUUCCUAAUGUUGUAUUUUCAUAUAAAAAUGAAUUUGGCACAAUCUACAUUAUUGUGGAGUUGUUGUCUUUCAGCUGUGUCAAGUGUUUGUGAGUUGUCUUUUGUUUCCUUGUUGUCGAGGUGAUGUCAGAUUCACCAUUUGUCCAGUUUCUUGACGUCUAUACAUAAACGACACAGUCCCGAUUGUGAUUCUGUUCAUAAUUUUUAUGGACAGAAUUUCUCAGCGCAGCCAAGGUGUUGAGUGGGUCCAGUUUUGGGGCCUUCGGCUCUCUUCUCUGCUAUUCGCCGAUGAUGUGGUCCUGAUGGCCUCAUCAGACUGCGACCUGAAGCGUUUACUGGGGCGGUUCACAGCUGAGUGUGAAGCCUCUGCAAUGAGACUCACCACCUCCAAAAUUGAGGUCAUAGUCCUCACCUGGAAAAGGGUGGAUUGCACCCUUCGGGUUUGGAGUGAAGUCUUGCCCACAGGUGGAAGAGAUCAAGCACCUUGGGGUCUUGAUCACGAGUGAAAGAAAGCUAGCGUGUCAGAUCGACAGGCGGAUCGGUGCUUUGAUAAAACG